GUCACAUGACUGCGCCAACUUACAACAGCAAUUGCAGCAGUUCCAGUUUCUGUCAUUAAAUGAACCCUGUGUGGUCAUUAGGCACAACGACAUGAUUGCCAUUUGUGACCUGCUGGCUUCCUUGUUCACUUUGCUUAUCAGAAGCUGGAAGUGAAGAUCACAAAUGGCAGCCACGUGAUUAAGAGACACUGUGACUGUCGUAAUUGCAAGCCGGUUUCCAAGAGCCCAGAUCAUGAUUGCAUGAUUCUGGGGAUGCUGUGACAGCCGCAAUUAUGAGGACCGGUUGCAGGUCUACUUGUUCAGUGCUGCCAUAACUCUGACCUGUUGCUGAACAUGUGGUUGUUAAAUGAGGACUAUCUGUACUGCCCAAGGGGCAGCCCUGAUAAGGAAGCUACAACAUAGUAAGAACCCCCAACAUUCCAUCUUCAAUCAGCCUGAUGACCUCAGCAUUCCAUCUCCUUAACAAUGGACUUCCCCAGUUCUGCUGCCACUCUUGAAAGGGCCAUUUUGCCUAACGAUAGAAAUAACUCCAGGUGCACAGACAAGGACCUACCUAGCUUCCCCCAAACUGGCCAGCAAAUCAGAUCCCUAGGAUUUCUCACCUUGUAGCCUUCAAACAUCUUUGCUUUCUCAUUUUUCAAGGUUUCUCAUUUUUGUAAAGUGGGCACCCAAUGAUGGUUGCAAUAAAUAUGGUUCUUUCUCCUCAGUGUUGUGUUCUGAACUUCUGAAUUUUCCACAACAGCUAAUACCCAGGUUGCUUUUGUGCUUCACAGAUGUAGCCUAUUAAUCAUUCUUCCAUCUUGAAAAUAUUUUUCUUAGAUGCUCACUUUUAUGAGAAAUUAAGACAUGCCAAGGAGUCAUUUACUGCACUUAGUUGAAAAGAUCUUUCUGAAUUUAAGACCCCACCCCCAAAAGGAAAAGUAGUCAGAGGAAAAAGUGACUAAAGUUCUGAGCAUUGCUCAGCCACAGCUGACCUUCAGGCAAAUCUUCAUAUAUAUAUUCCUGAUUUUCAGGAGGGGUGUUUGCAGUUGUUUGCACCACUGACCCACUCGUUUCCAACUGCUAUUUCCAUUCUUAUUAGCAAAUGUUAAAAUUCUGCCUCACUCCACCCCCACUGCCCACCAAUUCAGAGGUAAUUGUUUGGGGUAUAAAAUUUUGCCUUCCUAUCAGGGUAAGUAAUGUUGUUUGUUCCAAAUAACCUUUUUUUCAGGUGCACUUCAUUUUUCCCAUUAUUUAGCCACAAGACAUGUGAAUGCAUUAUUCAGUUUUUGUUUCAGUAUUAUUGAAUAAUACAAGCAGUAAAAUCCAUUGUGAGAUCAUCACUAUCCCUGGGCAUCAUUAGAACUUUCUGUGCAGUUCAAUUUUGCCAGGAAAUCCAUGAUGUAUCGCAUUGUAAAUCCACUUUUAAAACACAUUAUCCACAGGAGUUCCCAUGAUGCUACAUCAAGAAAACUAUGUCUACAAUAUUUGAAAAAUUUAAGAACUCUGCACCUUAAUGACUACAAGACUAUAUUUUUAGGUGAAACUGAUCUUUCUGAAAGUCUCAUAACAGGAGACAAGUUUCCUUAUGAAGAUAAUCUCAACUGGCCUGUAUGGACAGUUGUACAUGCUGGCAACAGCCAAGGAUGGGUACCAUGGAGAUACAGAGUAUUUCUGAGGGAUGACUUACCCUUAGGGCAACAGGAAGACAUGUUUCAGGAAUUCUGUGACUUUCUCUCUAUUACUUAUGGGAAGUGUGCCAUUGUGGUCAAAGAGAAAAAACGAUCAAGGAUGAAGACUGAAGCAUCUAACCAGGAAGUGGACAUAACCGAUCCUCAGGCCUUUUCUCACCCCUAUUUGUUGAACAUCAAACGCUGCCCUGAAAUUGCCAAGACUACAGGACAUGAACUUCUCUCAGUGCCUUUUGAUUACAACUACCUGCAUCCUAUGGAUGCUAUCUGGUCAUCCUUGAAAUGGUUUAUCAUCAAUAACAGAAAGGAAUUUUCUCUGACAUCCUUGGAGAGGAGCUAUUCAUACCAGUGCAUCCUCUUCAGUGACUUGAUUGGGAAAGGAAUAGAGAAGACAAGCCCAAACAAAUGGAAAGUGGCCGUUAACAAAGUGCGGAGAUGGGAAAACUACUACUUAGAUAAGUUUUCCUGACUCUCUCCAGUCAUUUGUCAAGUGAUUUUUGGUUGAAAAUAGGCUAAUUCAUAGACUAAAUGUGCACUUUCACUUUCUAGUCUAUAAUAUUAAGUCAAUGGUGAUAAUAAAAAAUAUUUUUAAGGUGACUUUUAGUGCUAUGGUACUAGUUUCGCAUGCUAUUUAAGUAGAUUAAUUUAAUUUUGUUGCGAUAUGGACAAGCAGCUAUCUGCAGACAUGUAGAUACUUUGAAGAUAGAAGGAGAAAAAGAAAAAUAAGGAAACUUGGAGAAAUUAAGAAAAGCAAGGAUGUAAAUACCCCAACUUCAUGUAGACGUACAUUAUAACUGGAUCAUACUGAUUCUCAUAUUGACUAAGGUAUUAGAACAAAUUAUAAGAGAAAACACUGAUGGGCUCCAAUAGAGGUAUUUCCUUCUGUUCUAGAAUAUUUUCACAUUUUCAUCCAUGCCAGCCUCAGAAUAGGCAGGGAAUAGUCUGAGCCAAUCAGAAGAUAGUGGUGGUCAGCCCAGUAAAUAGCAGGGUGGGGGGAGAAGUAUGGCUAAAUCUUUGUUUUUGUUUUACAAUGGCACUUGUCUGAAAUCUUUUUCUCUAAAUCUAAUUACCAACCAGAAUUCCUGGCCCUUGGCU